UCUUAAGCAACGGAAAUGACGUAAGGAGCAGACAGAGUUGGAGGGUUCGAGUAAAAAUGGCUGAAUAUUUAGCUUCGAUAUUCGGGACUGAGAAGGACAAGGUUAACUGCUCUUUUUACUUUAAGAUCGGGGCCUGCCGGCACGGGGACCGGUGCUCCCGGCUUCACAACAAACCGACUUUCAGCCAGGGACAAGCAUCUGUGAUACGCUCAAUCAAGCUGCUUAGGCUUCUUCUCUGUUGCCUGGUCUCAGCCCCAGCCUUCACACCCCAUCUCUUUGCAUGAGCUCAAGGCCUCCGCCCCCUUUAAAUUCUGUUCAGACCAUAGUGCUGCUCAACCUGUACCGGAAUCCACAGAACACCGCCCAAACCGCAGACGGAUCACACUGUCACGUGAGCGACGUCGAGGUGCAAGAACACUAUGAUAACUUUUUCGAGGAGGUGUUCACGGAGCUGCAGGAGAAGUACGGGGAAAUUGAAGAGAUGAAUGUGUGCGACAACCUGGGGGACCACCUCGUGGGCAAUGUCUACGUCAAGUUUCGGCGCGAGGAGGAUGCAGAGCGGGCAGUGGCUGAACUCAAUAACCGCUGGUUCAACGGGCAGGCAGUGCAUGCCGAGCUGUCUCCUGUCACCGACUUCCGAGAGUCGUGCUGUCGGCAGUAUGAGAUGGGGGAAUGUACCCGUGGUGGCUUCUGCAACUUCAUGCACCUGCGCCCCAUCUCCCGGAACCUUCGACGUCAGCUAUAUGGGCGAGGACCCAGGCGCAGGUCACCCCCGAGGUCCCAUACUGGUGACCGCCCCCGAGAAAGAAACCGACGACGUUCCCCAGACCACCGGCAUGGCCGCUUCUGAGACCCUGGCUCCCUUGACCUCCACCCCUGAUAGGCAUAAAUGUUCCCGGCCAGGACAUCUCCUGAAAGCUUCCUUAACUCCCCAGUGCCCUCUUCCCCAGGCUCCAGGGCUCCAUGAUGUAAUCUGUCCAACACGGGGACCUUCUCUUACCACCCCUCCCCUAAUAAAGUUCUGUACUGAGGGUUUAGAACCUGUUAGCUUAA